AUGAUUCAGACCAUCGACGAGCUCGAAUACUUGCUGGACCAGUUACCAGCGCCGGACAAGGAUGAGCCCUUGAUGGUCACUAAACUCCGAGCUCAGCUCCGAACAUCAUUAGAAGCGGCAUUGCCGACUCUCGACUUGAUUGCAUGGCCGCCCCCGGUUCCCGGUCCAGUUGCCCAUCCUCGCAUUGCUCUCGGUGUCAAAGCUCCACUAGCUUCGCCGCUGAUGAAUGCCAUCGAGCGAUUAGCACGACUGGCUCUCGACUACGGUGGCCGGGAAGUCUCAGGUUCACUUUCCGGUUUUCAACUUUCAUGUCACAUUUUGAUAAACCACUCAUUCAUGCUUCUUAAUCCAUCUGGGAUUGACUCACAUCUAAUGGCUACUCGUGAACGUUAUGAAACAAUUCUCCAAUUUGCCUCUUGUUUGGAAGUUGAGGUGUGCAGGGAGAGUAACAAGGUUUCCCUUCCUCCUAACUUCGCUAUCCUUGCACCCAAUUUCAAGUUUGAAGAUAUGGGUAUCGGUGGUCUCGACACCGAAUUUGCAGCCAUCUUCCGUAGGGCCUUUGCCAGUCGAAUCUUUCCACCAGGUCUGGUUGAGAAACUUGGUAUACAACACGUCAAGGGUAUUCUACGUCGUGACACCUCGAUUAUUCCACCAACAACGACCCUCCUUUGA